AUAUAUAUAUAUAUAUAUAUAUAUAUAAAGGCCCUCUCUCGUUUGUUUGAUAGCCCGUUCCCGCUCCUCCACCGCCACUUCCUCCCUUCUCCUCCUCCCUCCGCCACCGGUACCCACGUUUACUGAGAAGCUACCAUCGGCCUGGAGACGACGCAUCGGAAAAGAAGAUUAUCAUCAAACCAACAACUGAAUAAGAUUCCGAUACUUCCCUAAUAUUAUAAAUUGUUCCCUUUAGGUUUUCGGAUUUUCUGGCUGUUGGCAUUCAUUCAAAGGAUCCCUGCUGCCGGAAUUCACAGAUAAUCUGAGUAGACAUGGAUGAUUCAAUGAAGCUAUUUCAGCAAGGUCUUAUUGAGGUUGAGAUUGAAGCUGAAAGUUUUUUGCUUGCACGGCACCAGCAAGUUGAAAACGAUAGAUUGAGGAACGGCAACCGAGAAGCAUUGACGGCUCUUAGAAAGAAGGCCAGGGCAGCAAAAGCUGGUGCAAUUUCUCCUUUUGAAUCAUUAAUGAGGGAGGUUGGAUCAAGGCCAUUGGUCAAAGAAGUUUGUGGAACAUGUGGCAAUCAUGAUGCCGAUGAACGAACAUGGUUGAUGUUUCCUGGAACUGAUGUUUUUGCCGCCAUCCCAUUUCAUGCCGCGCAUACUAUUUUGGAGAAAGAUCAAGUUGGGCUGGACUUUGAAGCUAAAAAACUCCAAAGUUUCAUCAAGGAGAAAUCCUUUACAAUAUCAGAAGAGGGAGUUCUUGCAGACAGGAUCAGUCCUGGCGUCCAUAGAUCUCUCGUUUCUUUACAAGAUAAUCCAAAGAAAAAAGAGGAGGAAUAAAUCAUGGAAUUCUUCAUUGGAAGACUAUGUCAGGUUGGCCAAAAUGAAGUGUUCUAAGUUUGUGGUUUUGAACCAACAAUCGUGUAACUUUGAGGGCGGUAACUCACAAUUUCAGUCGAUAAAAGAUGUCAUGGAAGCUGCCAAGGGACCGUCAUGUUGUGUAAGCUCUGGUUGGCUAGGUUCUUGCAUAAUAAAAACACGUCAGCUUUAUAGUUGUGUAUGUCUUCUAUCGUUGCCUAGAGUUUCAGCAUAUUGAGAAGUUGUAGCAUAUAAUUAGGGUCCGAACUUAUCUUUAGGUUGCCAUGAGUUGGAAUGGAUGCUGACUGUGAAAUAUCAUUAUGUUCAUCGCUUCUCUUUGUAUUUUUGACAACAUAUGCCAGAUGACUUUAAAGUUUAAAGGAAUGUAAGUAGGAUAAAAUAGACGCUGCAAUCAGAAGCAAAAUAUUCUUCAAACCUUGCAAUGGAAUGCUCCCUCGGUCCCGUAUUGAUAGAAGAAUCAUUUUGGACAAGGGAUUAGGCAUUUCCAAAGUCGGACAAAAAGAAGUGGAAUCUCUGAGGUAACAGGAUCAAACCCAGGUGUUCCAAGAAACAAUCCUGAGUAAAAAUCUUUCGUGGAAAACAGGAGUAACUGUAGUAUAUGCUCACCAAAAUAGAUAGUCACUUGUAAUUGCAAAUGGGAAGCCUCAUCAUGGUUCAACAAUUUAGAGCCCCAAAAAAUCAUUAGAAAUCACAAGCAUUCAGAUGUAGUAUGUAACAAUGGGUACAAAAAUGUUAUGCAACACUUUCUGUAAGAAUCAUGG